AAAUGAUUGUAACAUAGUAUUUAUUCAUCUCAAAUCGGUCAUAGGCGAAAGUCGUCGGGAGCACUCUCGACUUCCAUGUGAACGACAGCUAUUGUUAAGUGUGAGCUGAAGUUUGGAACGGCCAUUUGUAUUGGUUAAGUAUAAAGUGCACCCAGAAGGAUCAACAAUCGUGGACUUCUUUCUCCCUUUGCCUGCAUCCAGAUCCCUUUGGAGAUAAUUUAAGCAGCAGCCGCUGCCAUAAACGGGAAGCAAAAACAGACUGCACAGUAGAAACGUAAAUAAUUCAUGACUUCUUCCGCGUAAAAAUGCUCGCAGUGCUUUCAGGUAAUGAUUUGGUAAUGAUUCAUCCAACUGUUCUCCAGAAACAUUCACAUUUACCAGUGUAAUAAAAAUGCAUCUGUUUCCCAUCCCAGCGCUCCAUUUACUGACACUCAGCGGCACAGAAAUCUCAGCCCGACCCGAUACAGUCAUUGAUGCCGUCGUUGGACAAGAUGUUCACUUCCCUGUGGAUAAUCGGUGUGAAGAUCAAAGUUAUGUAGCAUUUCAUUUACUUUCCCCGGUUGUUACUAAACUUGCUUCACUUGUAAAUAACAUAUCCGGGAUCCUUCACCCAGUGUACGCAGACAGACUGCAUUGGGACGCGAGUGGAUCACUGGUGCUGUCCAAUGUGCAGGUCAAUGACAGUAAAAGAUAUGGGAUCCAAAUCGACUGCACCAGCCAAAAACGAACAACCCAUGGUAAAAGGACCUUCGAUGUGUAUGUGUUUGAGGCAGUUUCAAAGCCGGUGAUAACAAAAACUGGGAAUUGUUCAACUCCGAAUAUUACUCUGAGAUGCUAUGUCUCCAAUGGAACAAAUGUUACAAUCUGCUGGGAAAUUCACUCCUUGUUCAAUAGCGUAAACACAACCUGCAAUGGGCCAGAGCUGGUGAUACACCAUAUGAAAGAAGGAGAACAACAUAGAUGCAUAGCAAAGAACCGAGUCAGCAAUGCCAGUAGUGAACCAACAAUCAUAGAACCAUGUAAUGGAAAUGUUUAUAAAAAUAAGAAUCUACGUUGGCUCUUGGCUUCACCAGUAUUUCUUUUAAUUUUGGUUGUAAUCAUAUUCAGCAAACACAAAAUGAAACAUGCUGUUAAUAAUAAAAGACACAAUAGAUCAAUACAAAGGUCUGAAGAGAAAAUGUUUUCUGUUCAACAUGAACUUAUUGAACCCACUUAUGUUACCAUGGUUGAUUCACGCUGAUGACUCGGCAUUAUCUGCAAAGUGACACUUGCACUGAUUGUCUCCAUGUGAAGAGAAGCUUAUGGAGCAAGUAACUAAAAAUUAGGAGAAAGCAAUUGAAUCUCACCAACGAUAAAAUGAGAACUAAAACUAAAUUAAUCACCAGACGUGUAUGCACCCAGGAGGCAGAUGCUGGAUGUUAAUGUGAAGCCUGGCAAUUUAUACUUCUGAAAUAGCCGAUUGUGUCAUUAUGUUUCUUCAGCAGAGAUCGGUACGAUCAUAUGUGCAUUUGUAAGAUAGGACUCGCGAGAUUUUCUGUGUUGAACAACUGCACAUUAAGAAUAAGGAUUUGAUUCAUCUGUGUUCUGAUACAAAAUACUCAUGUAAAUACGUUCUGACAAAAAAAAAACGCAGUUGAGACAGAAAGCUGGGAUGGAGCAUCAUCAAUUUCAAUAAAAAGUUACCAGCUUUCCGUCCGCAGUGCUGGAUUUACAGGCAGGGAACAUCUUCAAAAUCAUCUCCAUGAAAUCAAACCUUUUUUAUAGCAGCCAGAUCAGAUUGGAGAUAAUUUGAUCAACUGAUAAAAGGUCAGUUGCUUUGCCUGUUGGUUCACCAGUGUUGAGCAGUCAUUUGGUUUAUAAGAUCACCCAGAAUAUCAUCGUCUACACUUCCAUCGAAGUGGAAGACGAGUUUGUGGAUUUAUGCCUAAAAUUCCUCAAAACCACUCUUUAGAAUUUAUCAACAAUAUCAUCUAUCCUAGUAAGAAUAUGUGCUUUUCAACUUCUUGGUAAUCAGGAGUGAGGACAAAGCUGGGCUAGUUUUGGGUUAGCAACCUGGUCGGCAUGGAUGAGUUGGCCCAUGGACUGUGUUCGAUGACUCUCUAACCAAAACACAGAUUCACCGUUAAAGAGAACAGCAAAGAAACGUCAUGUGAGGGUUUGUAAUUUUUUACCAAUACAAUCAUAAUUACUGUCAAAUAAUAUCUCCGGUGCAGAAAAUGUAAUUUUAAAAGUUUGAAAUCCUUCAACAUACAGUAUAUGUCAAAGUUUUGGCAAUUCAUUUUUUCAAAA